CACAUUUUGGAUCUGUGGUCCACACUGGCCGUGGCGCGAGCAAAAUUCUUGUUUAAGAAUGAACAGGUACCUUUUUGUAGAAAAAUGUAAUCAAAUUUGAUGAAUGUAAUCCCUUUCUCACCCAAUAUUUUCAAUAUUUUUUGUAGGUUCGACCGUGAUUUUAUUUGUCUGUUCAAAUUAAACCGAUUUUAUAUUUUUCAAUUUCUUUAGGAUCCAUUUGAGAAGAUACCAGAAAUUUAUAAACAAGAGAUGCCGCGACUUGCAGUCACACGCUUCAGUGCAACAUUGAAAAAAAUGAAUGUUGAUUUGUUUUUGAGUAGAGUUGUCGAGGUCAUCACUUUAGUGCUGGCUCAUGAAGAAGACACAAGAAGUAAAUUGAGGUAAUUCCUGCGUAAAGCGUUGAUGAAUCUACAGAGCAAAAGUUCUUUCAAACAAAAGUAUAUGACCUUGUAAUGAAGUAUAAGCAGUGUUUUUACUACCAUAACUAACGGCAACCUUUUUUUUCUGAUAGCCUGUUUACUCAAUAUUGUUCUCAGGGAAUACUUAACUACUUCCUUCGUUUUCAGCCUCAGUGAGUACUUAUCAAUGGUUUUUGACGAUAGCUCCGACCUGGAAGAGAUUCCUGAUGAAGUAUGUGUAAUGCACGUGGUUCAUGCGUUCAAGCUCGCGGUAGAAGUGCGUGAGAAAGAUCAAGGAAGCAGAAGGUCCAUGUUGUCCUAA